AGAUGACAGAUUUAUUGACAUAUUGACUAAUAAAUUAAAAAUUGGUGGAGUGAACUGCGAUUGUGAAAAAUAUUUCUAGUUUGCGUUAUUUAUCGAUAUUCUUUCGAAGAAAAUUUAAAGUUUAUUUGUAUAUUAAUCACCAUAAGGCUAAAUUCUGUUCGGUCAUCCGUGAAUAUCGAAGAUGGGGGCCGUGUUUGGUCUUUUCUCAGCUGCGCAGCUGGCGUGCUGUUGCACAAGCACAGCAUGCUCAUUAUGCUGCUCGGCAUGUCCUACAUGCAGGAAUUCGACGUCCUCUCGUAUCAUGUACGCCCUAAUGUUACUCGUUACCACCGUAGCAGCUUGUAUUACAUUGUCUCCAGGUCUCGAGAGCACCCUUAAAAAGGUACCUUUUUGCAAAAAUGACUCCUAUCUGAUACCGAAAACAUUCGAUUGCGAGCACGCCGUUGGAUAUUUAGCUGUAUACAGGAUCUGCUUCAUAUUGACAUGUUUCUUUGCAUUAAUGGCUCUUAUGAUGAUUGGAGUUAAGACCUCGAAAGAUGCUAGAGCGGGUAUACAAAAUGGAUUUUGGGGUAUAAAGUUUCUGUUGGUUAUCGGUGGGGUGAUCGGAUCGUUUUUCAUACCAGAAGGCUCGUUCGGUACCACUUGGAUGUACUUCGGAAUGAUAGGAGGCUUCUUGUUCAUUCUGAUCCAGCUGAUUCUGAUUAUAGACUUCGCCCAUUCCUGGGCGGAAAGUUGGGUUGGGAAUUUCGAAGAAUCUGAGUCGAGAGGAUGGUACUGCGCUCUAAUCGGAAUGACAUUAUUCAAUUACAUUCUGAGCAUCGCUUGGAUCGUACUACUGUACGUUUUCUACACUAAACCAUACGAUUGCGGUUUGAAUAAAUUCUUCAUUUCCAUCAAUUUGAUAUUCUGCUUCAUAGUGAGCGUUCUUUCGAUACUACCGGCUGUGCAGGAAAAAUUACCCAGAUCGGGGCUCUUGCAAUCGUCCGUUGUGUCUCUGUAUGUGACCUACCUAACUUGGUCUGCUGUAUCGAAUUCUACAAAAUGCAAUCCCGGUUUGUGGGGGAUAUUCGGCGGUACCGCUCACGACAAUCAAAAACCCAACAAUGAUUUUGAUAUAAUCGGUUUGAUAAUUUGGAUGGCCUGCGUUCUGUACUCGUCCCUCAGGUCUGCCAGCAAAUCGUCUAAAAUAACUAUGUCGGAGAAUAUGCUAGCUAAAGAUACAGGAGCAGUAAGAGGCUAUGGAUCUGAUAAUUUGGUUGAGAAUGAAGGUAACGAUGGCGGCGAAAGAGGCGAAGGCGGCAGGAAAGUCUGGGAUAACGAGGAGGAAACGGUGGCUUACAGCUGGAGCUUUUUCCACGUGAUGUUCGCUCUGGCCACUUUGUACGUGAUGAUGACUCUCACUAACUGGUACAGACCGGAUACUUCUAAUAUCGAAAAUUUGAACCACAACACCGCCUCGAUGUGGGUGAAGGCGAUCUCGAGCUGGCUGGCUUUGGCGCUGUAUGGUUGGACUUUGGCGGCGCCGGUCGUGUUGAGAGAUCGCGAAUUUAAUUGAGUUUUUUCCCAAACUGAAAUAGGGCGUUGUUUUAUGAUAUUCCGCCAUUAAGUUUUUAUAUUAUUAUACGUUUUUAGAUGUUAGAAAUUAUGUGUACUUGAAGAAAUCUCGUCGUUUUCGUCGCAAAAUUCGUCGCUGAUGCUUGUAGGGGUAGAUUAUUUCGUAUUCGUGUGAUAUUUUUGUUAUUCAAAUCGCGUUUGUGAUGAUAAGUGAUUGAGAGGUUCUUGAAAUUAUUAUUCCUUUUACAAGUCCUUUUAAAAUGAUAAUAUAACGUCAAUUUAAGUGUAAAAGCAUACAAAUUUGUCCCUGUUUAAAACAAAUAAUGUUUUCAUACCAAAUAAUAAAGGUUCAAUACUGAC